AGGAGCGCGCCUCGCAGAAGGCCGCCAAGAUGGAGGAGGAGAUCAAGAAGAGCAACCGGGAGAUGGUGCAGCUGCGCGAGGCCAUAGACGACGUCCGGAACGGAGGGGGCUACCGCUUGCCAGGGAGCCCGAGCUCCGCCGCCCUGCCGAUCAACCCGCCCGUCACGACCACGUCGGUCGAGGACAGGAAGUUCUUCUACUGCUCGGACUGCCGCGUCGGUGGUCACGGGCAGCGUUUCUGCAACUAUUUCCUGCAGAGACCGAAUUGGCGGGUGUACCCGAGCGAGAAGUGGUUCGAGGACAAGUCUGGCCAGGUGAGCUACUGCCCGAUUGGCAAGGCUGGCGUCGAUUUCACAGACGAGACGUAUUUCGCCCGCAUCGCGAUGCACAUCAAAGGCCGAAUAUGGCUAGAGGACAAGCUAAAGCUGUAUGAGUUUGACUACAUGCCUCUGACGUUCGUUAUCGAAGAUCAGCGCUGGGUUGGCGCUGUGCCCGAUUCGGAGCCAGCAGAUGCGCCACCGAUGCCAUGGUUUGUCAAGGAGACGGACCGCAAUUGGGGUACCAGCGUGGUCUGUUGCGCACGGCCACAGGACUGCUUGGGGCUCGCAAAGCCAGGCGCCGUCUAUGUUGUUCAGAAGCACAUCCCGAAACCUCUCCUCUACACGAACGGCGAGAAGUGCCACAUAAAGUUUUACAACCUAUUGAUAGGGAUGGCUGAUGGCGUCACGUGGAAUUUGUAUACUUACAAGGACGGCUACCUAAGCAUAUCGCCAAAGGCAUGGGACCCAACUGACCUGUCGAAAGAGGGUCAGGUGACGAUCAUCAGAACAAAGCGCAUUAAUGAUUGGCCAUACUGGCCGAAGGUAUACCCUACUUGUAAGAACGUCGUUGCGACGGUUGUCAAGCGCGCGGCUGAGCAGGGGAAGCUCGAGGGUCGCAACAAGAAGCAGUUCGAGAUAUUGAGCGCGGACUUCAUAGUGAGCGAAGACCUCUCGGUGUACCUCCUCGAGUUCAACUUGGGCCCUGUGUUAAAGGAUGCCGAAGACUCACCCGAUGUCCACGAUGCAGGUAUGGUGGCUGGAGCGUUGCACAUCGUCGAGCCCUGGGAGCAAGGCACCGAGGACCAGUGGGACCUGGCGCUCGAGUGCAAGGGGCUUCCUCCCAAGCCUGGCGAAUACUAGGCCAGCUGACCGCCGGGCUGCCACAAUCUUUCCAUCUAGAGGGGAGGAGGAGGAUAGGUGGAGAGGCUCCUGGGAGCAGCGGCGUCGGCGCCUUUUGGGGUACCCCCGGCCACCAUGCGGGCGCGCGCCCGUCGGUGAGCGUGCCGCGACGCUGGGGCCGCGCACCGUGGACGGCGCGGCAGCAUGUGGGCGGGCCCGAGACGGUGCGGUGACAGACCGUGCGGUGUCUCGGAGAAGAGAGACCAGCAUGAGCAGAAAUGUUCGGAGCUCCGCGCGGAUUUCUCUUGGGUCGGCGUUGGAGACACCCCCAGCGCGCCCACUGGAGCCAGACAGAGGAUGGAGC